CCAGAGAUGCUGCGAAAGCGGAACGUCCCUCUAGUUUCCUUCCUUAUAGUUAAAAGUGGAAUCCAGUAGCCAUCUGUUGUUAGAGACAGUCAAAAGAGGAUGUUGAGGCUCAUGCUUUGAACAACCAAAGCAUGCAAAGGACAGCCCUUCUGUAGUGAAAAGGUCUAAAAUUUAGCUGCUACUAAGAAAAAAUUGUUGUGUGAGGAUUCAUCCAGUGGCACUUGGAUACAUGGAAAAGAUAAAUGACAGCGAGGGUCACCCAAGCAGCAGCCAUCAAACCUUGAAAGGAACCUCAAAAUGGGCUACAUCACUGGAGAACCUCCUUGAAGAUCCAGAAGGAGUGAAACGAUUUAGGGAAUUUUUAAAGAAAGAAUUUAGUGAAGAAAAUGUUUUGUUCUGGCUAGCAUGUGAAGAAUUUAAGAAAACACAGGGAAAAAAACAGAUGCAAGAAAAAGCUAAAGAAAUUUAUAUGACUUUCCUGUCCAGUAAAGCUUCCUCCCAAGUCAAUGUUGAAGGGCAGUCCCGUUUGAAUGAGACCAUUUUGGAGACACCUCACCCUCUCAUGUUUCAGAAGCUCCAGGACCAGAUAUUCAAUCUCAUGAAAUAUGACAGCUACAGCCGGUUCUUAAAGUCAGAGAUAUUCCUAAACCAUAAGAAGAGCGAGGAGCAAGAGGAGAACUCACCAGAGGCUCAGACUGCAGCUAAAAGAGCAUCAAGAAUUUACAACACAUGAUACAAUGAAUCUCUUAAGGAGAGGCAGUACAAUAACUAAAUUACACUCAGGAACAGUCUAGGUUUAUGGCAGUUGCAUUUAGGGCUUGAAAAGCUCAAAACCUUUUUAGGAGAUACUUACCUUCUUAAUUGCUUGAACGACUAAUUGUUUUUGCAUGAUAGCUAAUAACCAAGCACCCAUGGGAAGACUGUUUCCUAGCUAAAAGGCUGAGGUAUUCCUCCAUAGCAUGAAUUGCAUUUCAUAUUUUACAAGUUAAAAUGCUUUCAAUUUUUGUAUUUUCUUUUGUGAGACACCAUGAUGAUGAGAAAUGGGAGAUAGGUUGGUUGGUUUUUUAUUUUUGCCUUGUAAUUUUUAUUUGUGACCAGAUUUUACAUCGUGAAUUGCUGGGAGAAGCUACUGAGGAGUACAUUUCACGUUACUUUGUGGAUGAGUCAUUCAUAGCAAACUUAAUCAUGAAGGGACAGCAUCUUUCAGGGUUAAGCUCAAUCGAAUCCAAUCCCUUCCUAUGUAACUUUGUUCUUUCAAGGUGCUAUCUGUUUUGCUUUGCCUUUAUUUUUUAUUCAAAACACUUCUCUAAUCAUGAUUUUAAUUUCUGUAUUUCUUAAAUUUCCCCCUUUUUUUUCAGUAGACAAUCACCUUCUUCAGAGGAUGGAAUAACCUGUAUUCCCUUGGGAACAAAAUCUCUUAAGAUAGAGAGAAUCUCUGAAGAACUUCUAACAGCCAUUAGGAAACCUGACAGUUAAUAUCCCACUCUGGGCACACUGAUUUCAGCAAAGCUUGACUCUGUCAUGUCCUGCAGGUUGGCAUAACAUCAGUGUCAGAUGCUGGUAUUGGGAAGCAUCUGGUCUCUCCUAGAUCUCCUGAGCAAUCCUGCUCUGUGCGGCAAGAAUACUUUGGCAAAGGACCAACCAACAAAGUCUGGCUUUGUUUUACUAAAAUCUUUCUACUAAAAUCACCCUGCCUAAUUUUGUUUGCCCCAGAGAAGUAUUUCGGUGUUUCCUAAUUGUAACUUUUGAUAGCUGCAAUGCAACAGGGGGUUGACGUUGUGAUUUAGCCAUUCUCACAUCAAGCUUGAGAGGAAGGGGAAUCGAUUUCUGCCCAGAGCAAUAAAAGAUGAAAUGUCAGGGUGGCAAAGGAAGACGCUCCCAAUGAGCCUUCCGUAUCGUCCUGGGACUGUGUCAGAGCUGCAAAGCACAUUUUGGCAUACAAUUUUUUAUGUGUUCGUAUAUUUUUUAAUUAAUUCACUGCAGUGUUACUAAAUUGCAGUUUAAGUUGGGAAAGCCUAUUAGCUAUGUGCUCUAUUUACAAGCUUUGCAGUGUGUAGUCUAGCUGUUUCACAUUCUCUCAUUAUUUAAUCCUUCAUUUUUUGCACUGCUUUUCUUGAACUUUUGUUUAUGUGCUGGCUAAUCGUAAAUGCACAGUUAGCUUUUGAUUGUUUUAUAGUUCUUUUUUGUCAGAAAGGCCAGAUAUGUUUUAUACGUUACCAUCACUAUCAAUGUUUUCAAACAAAGUCUAGAUUGUAAUUUUUGAGGAUACAAACUCACUUGGUAGACUUGAUUAUUUCUUUAAACUCUGAGCCACUCUUGCAGGUAAUAUGUAAAGAACAUUGCUUCCAUGGGCUCUUCCCUAGUUAGAUGUAAGAGCAGGAACAGGAGUUCCGAUUCUUCCCCUAGAGCUAAAUGGCCUGUUCAUUUUUAGAAAAUCAAAGAAGAGGUCAGUGCCUCCGUAUGCAUGUUUUAAGAUGUAAUUCUUAUGCACUGAGUUAAUUUUCCUUUUAUGCUCUCAAAAGAUUUAGUGGUGAAGUCAUAAUCUUGCUUCAGGCACUUUUCAGUGGUAUUUGACCUCAUACUUAAGUUGUAUUUCAAUGUUUUGCUGAAUAGGAACAAAGUAAACACGUGCAUGAAUCCUUUUGUUGUGAUGGGGCCUAGGCAAUAGGACCAUCCAGUUCUGGACCUGCCAACUAUUUGUAACCUCAGGAUUACCUCUUUUGAAAAUUCACUGUAAUAAUGAACUCUUAAUGCCUGCCACAGCAGAGGACAGAACUUCGAUACCAUUGAAGUCCUUGGGAAUGGGCAGCUUAAACACAUUUAGGAGUUGGGAUUUGUCUCUUCCCAGUAAAUGCAGCAGAAGUCUUAGUGAUAUCGAAAAAUGCAGGGUGGGGACCCUCAGGGGAAAAAUGCAGAUGAGCUCUUACCACAUUCAUCACAUGGAUGCACAGUAGAUUCAUUUUUAAUCAUAUUGAUUUUAAAAACACAUGAGUAAGGGAGAAGAGUCUUUGACUAUCAUGUUUUAAAAUAAUAAUAAUAAAAAAUAAAACCAGAAGCUGUAUGGACAAUGGUAGGGCAUUAAAGAGAGAAAAUACUCGUUUGUAGCUGCUUAUAAACAACAUUUUCCUUGGCAAUAUGCUCCCUGUCAGGUACUGUCUUAUUUGCUUGUUAAAGCAAAUGCCCCAUAGGAGUAGACACAAAGGUGCUUUACACUACUACCAAGCAAAAGUUACUCAAAUGGAAAUUAUUUUUUAGCAGCAUCUCAAUGCCUAUGUUGUUUAUUUCAAUACCUGUGAUGUUACUAAGAUAAUAUACCUAAAUCCACAAAAUUCUUAAUCACUGAAUUGCUCUUUUUCCUCAGAAGUAAAAAGCUCAUUGCCCUGUUGGCUGUCUUUUUUGUGGUGUCUGGUUUUGGCUUGUUUUUUAGAAGAAAACCAACAACUAGACUUGCAAGGUGCAGAAAUGAAAGGUUUUUUUCCUAUCCAUUAGAUUAUCUGUAUUUUCCAGUAAAAGAGCAAUCAAAAUAAAACCACGCAAGCUGAUGUCUGUAAUUGCAGCAUGUAUAUAUGUGGAGAAGGUUAUUUUGCUUCUGUUGAUAUUAUCACUGAUCAAACUUACUUUGUGAAAUAGAUUACAUUUUCUCUAUGUGGCGUAUAACAAAUUGCACCGACAGAAAAGGAACUGAGUUUCCCUGUAAGUAAAUCCUGCAUUCCAGGAACAACUGUAAACAUUGCAUGGAACCUCAGGCUGUAAGUGGGUACUCAGAGUUGCUUUUCGUAGAGAUUAAAGGUAGGAUCUCCUCCUUUUCAUAGAACUUACACUGAAGGUAUGAGCACAAAAUGCAAGCAAUAGAAGUUUCAUGCCUGAUUGCAUGCCUUAAACUCUACCCUAUUGUGUGUUUCUCAGCUAAAAAUUAAAAUAUUCUACAAGUACACCAAA